ACUGUCCAUUUUGUUUAUCUUUGAAGGCGCCAGUUGCUCGGCUCUCAAAAUAUCGCAAAACACAUAUGAAUCAUCUGUUUUGUUUGAGGGAAAUCUGGCCUUAGGUGGUGGCAUCAUGCUAUAGAAAAUACUUUUGAAUAAGCUUAGGAAGAAGUUCGAUAAGGUUGGCGCACAUUAGAAGACUUUGCUUAGGACAAACAAGGUAAUCAGCAGGCACGAUGAGAAUUAACUGUGAAGUACAAGUAUGUAAUCGCAAGCUUCCGUCUCUCAACAUGAACAACAAGAAAAAUGCAGCACGUUCCUCUUUGGGAAUUGGACGCUUGCCAGGUUCAAAGGCAGAUGUUUCUAAUCUCUUCAUCCAUUUAUGUACAGCACAAAAUAAGCAAGGAAAUAAAUAUAAGGUGGGUGGAAACAUCGAGGCUGUCUUCACAAAGUUUGUCUCUGAGGGGAAAUUCACAAUUCGUUUCAAAGAACCAGCUCAUGACCUCUGUGUGAAAGCUGAUCCUGUUCUGGCUAAGACCUUUCUUCAGACAUUGAAACUAGGAAUUCAAAACAAAGAUAUUGAUAAGCUUCACCUGUCUACUCUUGCACCUGUCAAGCAAAGCCAAGUUGAAAAGCCUAAAACAAAGUUGGUUAUCACUUGUAAAAAAGAUUACCCCAUCACCACAGCCUUCCCAUACACUUUGGAGACACUUAGGAUUAAUGAUGUUGACCUGACUAGAGUAGAAAAUCGCAUCAUGAAGCUAAAGCGACUGCAGAUCUUAGACCUGAGCCAGAACAUAAUUCAGGUCCUUCCUGUAACAAUGAAUGAGAUGCAUAGCCUUGCAGAGUUGCAUCUUGCUCAUAACAAGAUUAAAGGCAUCAGUCACCAAGUGUUCACAGGAAAGGUGUCUAAAACAUUACGCUUGCUUGACCUUUCUAACAAUCAU